AUGGCAAGCUACCGCUUCCUUGUCCAGAAGCUGUCCAGAUCCUUCGAGGGCUGCGAGUUUCUCCACGUCCCACGCGCGGAGAACGAAGCAGCCGACACGCUCGCCAAGAUCGCCUCAUCACGACAAGCCAUCCCGUCCGGCGUCUCCCUCAAGCACCUGCGCAAGCCGUCCGUCAAGCCAUCGCCGGACUCCAAGUCCAUCCACGUUCCAGACGACCCGGCCGUACCUCAACCCGGCCCCGGGACUGCUGAACCCGGCCUAGGGGCUGCUCAGCUCGACCCGGCCACCAUCGCCCCGGACCCGGCCGUCGCCAUCCCCGACCCGGGGGCUGCUCAACCCGGCUCGGGGGCUGCCGACUCGAAACGCACCCUGGUGGCCGUCUUCGCCGUGGUUACGGCUCCAUCUUGGGCCCUCCCAAUAUCAGAAUUUUUGGAGAACGGGGUUCUCCCCACGGACGAGACUGAAGCUCGGCAAGUGCAGCGCCGGGAGUCCGCCUACAGCAUCAUCAACAACGAGCUCGUCAAGCGCAGCUCCACCGGCGUGUUCCAAUGCUGCGUCGAGCAGGAACGGGGCAUCGACAUCCUCCUCGACAUACAUCAGGGCGAGUCCGUCCGGUUCAUCAAGGACAUAGCGGUGCGCUGCGGCAUGCCGAACAACAUCAUCACCGACAAUGGCACCAACUUCGCCAAGGGCGCGCUCAAGCAAUACUGCUCCGUCUCCGGCAUCCACCUCGACUUGGCCUCUGUUGCGCAUCCGCAGUCCAACGGGCAGGUCGAGCGGGCCAAUGGACUCAUCCUAUCCGGCGUCAAGCCGCGACUCGUCGAGCCACUCUUCCACUCACCCGGCAGCUGGCUUGACGAGUUGCCAGCCUCCCCCACUUUGCCCUAA